CUGCCUACCUUGCCCUAGCCGAUCAGUCAGCUGCAUUUUGGCGGGAAGUCAAUUUCAGAGAGAAACAGCCAGCUGGUCGUGGGAUCUACGACGAUCCGCAUUUUGCGGCAAAUUCUCCAUACUUCCCAGGGAUUGCCGACUGUUGCGAAAAGCGCUUACAGGACGGUUCAGGGUUAGUAGUGUCGGCCGGCUGCCAUGUCGACCGGCGGGUGGUUCGACGCGAUGAGCAUUCGACACUUCAUCAUGCAGGCCCUCGGGCUAGGUAUGAUAGUGACGUCAGCGCUGAUCAUCUGGAAGGGCCUCAUGUGCUGGACCAAUAGCGAGUCGCCAGUUGUCGUCGUGCUCUCGGGCUCCAUGGAGCCCGGCUUCAAACGAGGCGACAUUCUCUUUCUGCACAUGAAUCCGACGCCUCUCUCUGUGGGGGAGAUUGUGGUCUUCAACGUCGAUGGUCGUGACAUCCCUAUUGUGCACCGCGUUAUUAAGGUCCAUCAAGAGGCCGACCCUGACGAGUUUCAAGCCCUCACUAAGGGUGACAAUAACGAGGGGGACGACCUGCCUCUGUAUGCUGAGGGGCAGCUGUGGCUGCGGAAGAAGCACAUCAUCGGCCGGGCCAUGGGCUAUCUGCCCUAUGUCGGCUACGUCACCAUCAUCAUGACUGAGCACCCCUACAUCAAGUUCAUCCUUAUUGGCAUCCUCGCUAUACUCGUCCUCACAUCCAAAGAUUAAUGUCCUGGACUGUACUGUUGAGGUUGGAUGCACUAUUUGGAUCCAUGCGAAGUACACAAUUCUGGAGCACAUUCAACAUCACCUUAUCAUUUUUUACAGUAUCUCAACUUCCCUCAGCACGGUAUCUGAGUUUGAGCCAAAUCGUGUUGUACUGUAAUUUCCAUCAUUACACGUGGAAGCUAGGGGCGUAUCGUGUCACUAGUGAGCCCAAGUGCGGAUGCGUGAGCACCUUGUUCAAAACUUACUGAUAUGUACAAAUCCGAUACA